AUGGUGAGCAAGAAGAAGAGAAGAGACGGUAAUGGAUCAGAAAAGGAGAACGAUGAAGGCAAAGUUGCAGAGUAUGAGCAGUCUAGAGAACAAAGAAUCAAGGAGAAUCUUCAGAGGAUGCAUAAACUCGGCAUCUUAGAGCUUUCUCGUAAUCUCAAGCCUCCUCCUAAACCGAAAACCAUUCGUUCUCACAAACCUGUGCCUCCGGUAUCUGGCUCUCCGAGACGCUCUUCUAGGCUAAAGACCAUGCCCACUGUUAGUUAUUCAGAGAAGCGGGUUCCAAAUUCCAAAGACAAACCUAUCAAGGAUGUCAAGAUUGAAAUAAAAAAGGGUUCACAACCUGAGGUUUACACUGAAGAGCAUGAAAAGAUGUUGGGUGAUCACAAAGAAACCUGGACACUUUAUGUGGAUGGGUAUGAUGGUGAGGGGAAUCGUAUUUAUGAUACAUAUGAGGGAAAGAGCUGCCAUCAAUGCAGGCAAAAAACUGCAGGAUUGCGUACUACAUGCUGCAAGUGUAACCAAGGGCAGUUCUGCGGUGAUUGCUUGUUCACGAGAUAUGCAGAGAAUAUUUCAGAAGUAAAUGCAGACCCGAAUUGGGUUUGUCCUGUCUGUAGAGAUAUAUGCAACUGCAGUCGCUGUCGCAGACUAAAAGGAUGGGAACCCACCGGAAAUGUUUACAGAAAGAUAUUACGCCUCGGCUUCAAGUCAGUGGCUCAUUAUCUCAUUCACACCCAAGGUCCUCAUGGAAAUCAAGAAAACAUAGCUGAUGAGACCCCAGGUUCUUCUAAAGAAGAUGAGGUGUCUGAUGGCAACUUAGUUUCUCAAAUUGAUAACAAAAACAACUCUAACAUGGAUGAAGAUAGCAACCAUGUUUUGACUGAUAAAAACAUCAAUCAUGAUCGCCCAAUUCGUGAUCAGGUACUUAAGGGAGACGAUGAUGAUGAUCCAGAUUAUAAAUCCGAUUCUCUUGAUGGUAAUGAUGACGAUGAAGAUGAUUCA